AUGGCCUUCCCGUGGGCCGUGUCGUCUGCAACGCGACGCGAGGAGCUAGCCAGUGCGAGCAGAGAGCAAGCGAGAUGGCGGAAGAAGCCCGCACCAAGGCGCAAGAGACGGCAGUGGCGCCACGGCCCCCCGGCGCUGCCGUGGACGGUGCGGCUCCAGAUCUUCGGCCUCGUCACUGCCACCGACAUCGCCCAGCGGGCCGACGGCAUGGUGAACCGCUUCGUGUUCUCGCUCGCCGACCGCCAGGCCUACGCCAGCGCAUGCCCGGACAGGCUCGGCGUCGUGUCCGCGGACAUAGCCGCCGAGCCGUCCGCCGCCAUCCCCGUUCCCCUGGUGGUCUACGUCCACGGCGGCGACGUCGCGCUGUUCUCCGCGGCGUCGGCGCCCUACGACGCCAUGUACCAUCGGUUCUGCCGUGAGCUGGGCGCCGUGGUCAUGUUUGUGAACUACCGCCUCGCCCCUGAGCACCGGUACCCCACGGCCUAUGAUGAUAGGACGGACGUGCUCUGGUUCCUCGUGAACGGCGGCCUCCCCGACGGUGAGCUCGCCGUAUCGGUCGACCUCUCCCGCUGCUUCCUCACUGUGGACAGCGCCAGCGGCAACAUCGUGCACCACAUGGCGCGCCGCUGGACAGUCGCGGGCACAGCCUUUGGCGACCUGGUGGCCGUCCGCAUCGCAGGCAUCAUCCUACUACAGCCCUACUUCGGUGGGGAGGAGGGCACGGCGGCUGAGCUAAGGCUGGAGGGCGUGGCGCCAGUGGUGAAUAUCCGACGCUCCAACUGGUCGUGGAGGGCGUUCCACCCCGAGGGUGCCACCCGGGACCACCCGGCUGCGCAUGUGACGGUCACGGAGCCCGAGCUCGGGGAGGCGUUCCCACCGGCGCUGGUGGUGAUCGACGGGCUCGACCCGCUACAAGACUGGCAGCGGCGGUACGCCGAAAUGCCGCGGCAGGAAGGGAAGUACGUGCAGGUCGUGGAGUUCACCGAAUCCAUCCAUGCAUUCUACAUCUUCCCUGAGUUCACCAACACCCGCAAGGUGGUGAAGCGGAUCAAGGCGUUCAUGGAUGAGAACUAUGUUGAGUUUGAUUCCUUGUAA